UCCUGGAGGUACCUAGUAACCACGUGCUCGUGUUGUUAUGGCAACGCAUGUUAGAGACAGACUCCUGCGUUUGCUGCUAACCGGUCAGCUAGCUUAGCUUCACAAAACGAUAGAGACAUUUGCCCGCCUCUCCGUGUUAUUUGCGUAAUAUAUACACGAUGCCACCCAAAAAGAAAGGCUCCAGUAAGAAGCCUCCAAAGACCAGGACGCCCACACUGAUAGAUGGCCUCACCAAGGACGAGAUGUCAAAGGAGCAGCUGGAAGAGCACAUUGUGCGCCUUCGAGAGGAGCUGGAUAGAGAGAGGGAAGAGAGAAACUACUUUCAGCUGGAGAGGGACGAGAUCCACACCUUUUGGGAGAUCACAGACAGACAACUAGAGGAGGGCAAGGCUGAACGGAAAAACUUGGAUAAGGACACGGAAGAGGAUGAGGGGCGUCACCAAGUAGAGAUCAAGGUGUACAAGCAGAAGAUGAAGCACCUCCUGUGUGAACACCAGAACACAAUCUGUGAGUUGAAAGCAGAUGGUUUAGUCUCCACUCAGGCGGUGCAGAAAGAGCAAGAACAACUAGAGACUAAGCUUCAUAAGGACAUGAGCGCCAUCAGGGUCGACAUGCACGAGCUCGACAAUGAAAACCUUUUCAAGGAGCUUGAACUGAAACAUGAAGAAGAAAUGAAUAAAACAAGGAACAGCUGGGAGAAGCAACUCGUAGAAAUCCAAGCCAAGUAUGAGAAAAAGAUGGAGUUGCUGCCACAAGAGUUGGACAACUUGAGGAAAAAUGCGAUCAGUGAGAGAGAGGAUCACUGGAACAGCUACAUCAACAAUCUUAUAGAGGACCACAACAAAGCUUUCAGUAAUGCUAAUGCACUCGUUGAACGCAUGCAACAGGAUCUGGAUAUGAACACUUCACUCAAGACACAAUUUGAAGAGAUGAACAUGAAACAGAAGGAGAAGGAAAAGGACCUGGUCUGUCUUUUGAAGAAUAACAAAUGUCUCGCAGAGCCUCUCUCGAAAGUCAAAGAGGAAAAUGAUGAAAAGGAGAAAAAAAUGCAACACUUCGGAACUAAUAAGGCUGUCGGUAUCGAUGAUGCAGGUGAAAAGGUUAAAAAAAAGGAGCUGCAUGAUUUGAAAUGGGCUUAUGAGAGACUGGAGCAGAAAUUCAGCAAGCUUCAGCUGGAAAGGGAUCAGCUGUACCAGACAUUCACUCAGAGUAUUCAGGAGGUGCAGCAUAAAACGGGUUUGAAGAGCACGCUGCUGGAGCGGAAGCUGAAAGGCCUGACGGACGACCUGGAGAAGACGCAGGCUCUGCUCUCCUCAGUGAUCUCUGCCUCUAACAUGGACCAAACUGCUCUUGAUGAGGUCACUGACAAAAUUGAGGAAAAUCUUGACUCCAAUCAUAUUUCCAUCAAGAACUUACAUUAUAAGAAAGCUCAGAUUUGCCAGGCCCGUAAGGAUUUGCUGCUGACCUACGAAGCAAAGCGAAGGGCUCUUGGUGUCCCUGUGGAGGAGCUUUGUGUGAAGCCCUUUGAGAGUCUUCCAACUGGGAAAAGUCUGUAACAGGAUUUGGAUCAAAAUGAGAAGCAGUGAAUCCAAAAGACUGAACCAUUUACAGUAAAUCUCACUUUCUUUGAUCUCAUUACAAUCUGUCACGUCUCUCAUAUUUUCCUUUGAUACAAAGGUUAAUGUAACAUAAGGGCAUUGUUUUCUCUAUCUCAUAAUUUUUAUUUGGCUUCUUGUAAUUAUGAGAAAAUGUGAGUUUAGACUAAAAGGUCCAUCAUGCCCUUGAGUCACACUGCCCUCCAAAGGCAGGAAUAAGUAACUGCAGAAGCAGUGAAGUUAAGUAAAAAGGGUUUGAUGUUUUCAGACAGACGGCAAACUGUGUAACAGA